ACCAAUAAAUGUCAAAAUUUUGGUUCACAUUCAUUCAAUUUCAAAUAACUUCUGGUUCUUUACAUACAAAACACACACUGACCAAAAUGUCUAAGAGAAGUAGUUUUCACAGAGCUCCAAAAUUUAAACCUGAAGUAAAAGCCACAAACAACCGACCUAAACACUCGGUUACUAUGUCCAGUAGGAAAGAGAAAGUGCAGGUUCUUCCUGAACCCAUCAAGUCUGUGUCUGAUAAGAAACUUUACAAAACAAUUAGGCUGGAGAAUGGCCUUACAGCAUUGCUCAUAUCAGAUCCAAGUCGGCAAUUUGUUGCCGAUGAAAACACUUCAAGUGAGGAGGAGACAAGUGGUUCUGAUGACAGUUCAGGACAAGAUAGUGAUGGUAGCAAAUCAGCUCAGUCAGCAGCCAGUGAUCAACAUGGCAGCAAAAAGCGAGCAGAGUUUGAUGAGGAAAAACUAGCGGCAUGUGCGCUUUCUGUAGGAGUGGGCAGUUACAGCGACCCUCCCGAAAUUCAAGGUCUCGCUCAUUUCGUUGAACACAUGGUCUUUAUGGGCAGCGAGAAGUAUCCCAAAGAGAACGAGUUUGAUUCUUUCAUUAAGAAAAAAGGCGGCUCGGACAAUGCGUCAACUGACUGCGAAAUUACAACGUUCUACUUCGAGAUUCAAGAGAAGCACCUGCCUCAAGCAAUGGACAUUUUCAGUCAGUUCUUCGUCAGUCCACUGAUGAAGAAGGAGGCCAUGCAGCGGGAACGAGAGGCCAUACAGUCAGAAUUCGCGAUCGCGGCGCCGUCGGACUCGAACCGCAAGGACCAGCUGCUGUCCAGCACGUUCCCGGCCGGCCACCCGGCGCGCACGUUCACGUGGGGCGACGAGCGCAGCCUGCGCGGGCGCGUGGCGGGCGACGAGCGCCUGCACGCCGCCGCGCACGCCUUCCGCGCGCGCCACUACAGCGCGCACCGCAUGACCGUCGCCGUGCAGGCUCGUAUGGAACUAUCAGCUUUGGAACAAUACGUCGUGAAUACAUUCGGACAGAUUCCUACAAACAAAUUGCCGCCCGAUGACUUCACCGAGUUCGCCUUCAAACCAGACAUGGUCACUCCGGAAUUCAAAAGUCUGUACUACAUAAAACCCGUCAGCGAUACGACUGAGGUACAUUUGACGUGGUGCAUGCGUUCGUUAAUCUCCGAGUACGAGUCGAAACCACAUCAGUACAUAUCUUACUUACUGGGCCAUGAGGGCGAGGGCAGCUUACUUUCGUACCUAAAGAACAGAAUUUGGGCGCUUGGUAUAUACACGGGUAAUUCUGAAAGCGGUAUCGACUAUACAUCUAUGUACAGUCUCUUCUCGAUACAGGUUGUGCUCACUAAAGAUGGAUUGGAACACGUUGACGAGGUUCUAGAAGCGAUAUUUUCUUAUAUCAAUAUGUUAAAGAAAAUCGGACCAUCAGAACGUAUAUAUAAGGAAUUAAAAACGAUAGAGGAGACCAGUUUUCGUUUCGAGGCGGAAUCUCAGCCAGCCGACUACGUGGAGGCGUUGGCGGAGAACAUGCAUUUCUUCCCGCCCGAGCACUACAUAUCCGGGGAUAAGUUGUACUACAAGUUCGACCCCAAGAGAAUCACGGAGUUGUUGGACUGUAUGAGUGCGGAUAUGGUCAACAUCAUGAUCCUCUCCAACAAGCACUCCACGCCCAUUCAAUACGACGCUAAGGAGGAAUGGUUCGGCACCGAAUAUAAGAAAAUUGAAAAACCAAAAGAAUGGCUAGAAAAAUGGUUGAACGUUGAACCCUACAAUGAUUUCCACUUACCGGAUAAGAAUAUAUACAUCACCACAAACUUCGACCUCAUCCCCCCCGCGCCACCGUACCUCGAGGUAGCUGAGAAACUGGGGGUAGACCUCAAGAACAGUUCCGUUAAAGAUAUACACAAGAAAGUGUCUUCGAGCGAGAGGGACACGAAAGUAUUGACGCAAGGGGACUUGAUGGCUACCGUUAAUAACUUUAGGUUAGAUCAGCCCAACCUGCUGCGCAAGAACCGUCACAUGGAGCUGUGGUACAAGCCCGACUUCAAGUUCCGCCUGCCGACCGCGCUGCUCUACUUCUACUUCAUCACCCCCCUCAGCCUGCGCUCGCCAAGGGAGGCGUGUCUCAUCGAUCUUUGGACUGAUGUCAUGCAACAAGGACUGAAGGAACAAGUAUACCCGGCGAACAUGGCGGAUCUGGCGCAUUCACUAUACGUUUCCGAUAAAGGGUUCACGUUGAAAGUCAGCGGCUACAAUCAAAAUUUACACCUGCUGGUGUCGCUGGUGGGCCGCUCGCUGCGCGCGGGCGCCACUCUGCCGCCCGCGCUGUUCGCCGCCGUGCGCGACGUGCGCGCGCGCCUGUACCACAACGUGCUCAUCAAGCCGCACAAGCUCGCCAAGGAUAUUCGGAUGAAUGUUUUACUAGAGCCGUAUAUUUCGCCGCGCGAUAAAGUUGCCGUCAUACACAACAUUACGUUGGCGGAUCUUCAAGAUUUCAGCGAAAGAUUACUGGAUAAGUUAUACUUACAGGUGCUGGUACAGGGAAAUAUACCUUGGCACGAGGCUAUCAGAAUAUCAGAAAACUUACUCGAUACAAUUAAAUGGGAACCGUUGGAAGAACAUGAAUUCCCCGAAGUGCGCGUGCACCGCCUGCCGCGCGGCGAGCGGCGCGUGCGCGUGCGCAGCCUGAACGGCGCGUCCACCAACAGCAUCGUCACCAACUACUACCAGGGGGACGCCUCCUCGCCCGAGCACACCGCGGCGCUGGAGGUGCUGAUGAUGCUGAUGGAGGAGCCGGUGUUCGACGUUUUAAGGACCAAGGAGCAACUCGGGUACAGCGUCUUCAGCAUGAUGAGAUACACCUUCGGCGUACUCGGAUUUUCCGUGACGGUUAACACUCAAGUUGAUAAAUUCAGCGUGUCGCACGUGGACCAGCGCAUCGAGGCGUUCCUGAAGAAGUUCGCGCGCGACACGAGGCGAGGCGGAGAGCGAGCCCUGGCGGCGGCCAGACAUGCGCUAACGCAGCUCAAGCACACCACAGACUACGAGCUCAAGGAGGAGGUCGAGAGAAAUUGGCGCGAGAUAAUUAGUCGGGAAUAUCAAUUCCAAAGACUAUUUCUAGAGGCAGAGGCGAUUGAACAAAUUAGACUUGCAGAUGUAAAAAGUUGGAUCGACGACCACUUCGGUAGUGGGAAUAAAUCUCAAUUUAGAAAAUUAUCUAUACAGAUAGUGGGAAAUAAGCCUAAAGAUGACAAUGAAAUAAAUGACGAACAACCGCUGAAUUUAACCCUACAUUAUUUGAAAGGAAACGAAGGUGCUAUGGAGAACUCCGCCGAUGGGAGCGAUGUAGAUUUUAUCGUAGAUAUUGAUCAGUUCAAAAAAGAUUUACCAAUAAUAGAUGUUCCUAAAGUCGAACUAGCUCAAUGUUAAUAUAAUAAGGCCUAAAAGUGACUCACGGUGUUGCUACUUACAUUACAAAUAUAUAUAAAUAUUUAUAUAUUUAACAAAUGACGAAACUUAUUUAUUAUACUGUAUACAUAGUAGUAUGAAAUCCUAUCAUAUAUAUUGUUAUGUACUGUAAUAAAAUAUAACUAUAAAAAGAUGGACUGUUUUAAAGAAAUAUAAAUAAUUUCUCGAAAAUUUAUAAUAAAUUCCUUUGAUAAUUGUCAAUUUUUAUUUUCACGUAUCAAUUUCAGAUCGGUUUGGAUUGUUUUAUUUUUACAAAAUUCGUUAAAAUUCCCGCCAACUUAGUAUUAGUUUAGUCUAAUUUAGAUUGAAACUAAAUUAAUUCGUUUCAUAAUUAAUAAUAAUUAAUGCACAAUUUGAAUUCGUCCGUCCAAAUCUUGCAAGACUGUGCCUUGUCGACGUAGGUAUCGCUGCAGCAUUACAUAGUCCAAAUCCAAGUUGACUAGGUUCUCUCUAUUCUGUGACAACAUCUGAAAUAAACAAACAUGUUUGUUUAUAUUAAAGUUUAUAAUAGAAUUAACAUCUUAUUACUACUGCGAUAGGGUCGAAACACAAAACUGCUAAUUUGCAACAGCUGUGACGCGAAUUACUGCGAUGCGGUUUCGUGCGGCACUUACGAAUCAACGCGCAAGUUCUUACGAUACGUGCGAGCCCGCACAUUUCUGCGUUGCGACGUCGCAUCGCAUUUUUGUGUUUCGGCCCUUAGAACGUAGCUGUUCCAUGUAACGUGAAACUUUAAAAUGCGCAAUAAAAGAAAUAUGUAAACUGCCUAA